UCACUAUUGUUUGUCUGGCGAGGACUUGCAAACUUUUCAGUGGUUUUCAUUUUCAGUACCGUUACUCAUUUUCAAUGUAUGGCAUACAAUUGCCACUGCUCUCAAUGCACUUUUCAAGCAUUUAAAAGUAAAUUCAAUAAAACACACCCAACAACGUAUAUUGGGCUCUGUGAAAUUAAAUUUUUGUCUUCAUAUGUGAUAAAAAAUUUUAUAUGUUUAAAAUUUCAAAAUAAUUGAAAUUAUUUCACAUAUAUGUGUAAAUUUUUCGAUAUAUAUAUAUAUAUAUAUAUAUAUAUACAUACACAUAUUCUUUGUAACAUCUGUGCAACAAAUUAAAAAAAUCUACAAAAUAUUUUUCUACCAGGAAAUAAUAUAUUGAGACAAAAUGGAGCAAGAAUUUCCAGGACAGCAUACAACAUCGACAACAGUAACAACAACUUCAUCUCCAACAAGCAUUCGCUUUGAUAAAUCAUAUUUAAGAACAUUGCCAGGAAUGCUAAAAGCCGCACAAGCGAUUUUAAACCUAUUGGGAUUCAUUUGCAUUUCGGUGGCAGCCGGGAGUUACAGUAGUAGUGGAAAUUAUUUUAAUACAGUAGCAAUGAUUGGAUUUUGGAUUACUGUCACAUUAUUGGCCCUUUAUCUAUUUCACGUGGUUGAAAAAUUCAACAUAAUUCCCUGGCUUAAAAUUGAAAUGUACUUUUGCGGUGCUUUGAGUAUUUUUUACUUUGCGGCCGCUUGUGUUGCUGCUACUAAUGUUAGCAUUGAUCCAAGCUAUGGAGCUGGAGCGUUUUUCGGUUUUUGCGCUACUGCAGCUUAUAUCUAUGAUGCUUGGAUGAAAUUCAAUGGAGUUAGAAGUGGAGCUUGUGCACAAGGCCAGCAUCCAUCUUCGAAACCUGUCUCAACAGUUACGAGUCCAGCUUACUAAUUUAAGAGUAUCAACUCAAUUUUUGAAAUUAAAAAUUUAAUUCAUAGCUGUUACUUAAAAGUCAAGUUCGCGGUAACUUAUAACGCUAUACAUUAUUUUCAAUUUCUACCUCUACAUAUAUAUAUAUAUACAAAUGAAUUGAUGACAAAAGGUUGCAAAUUGUCAGCUGAUUGUAAUACCAUCUACUGGCACUCAAUUUUAAUAAAUCUAGUUUACUUUAUAAUAGGCACAAUGUACAAUACCAAUAUUGUACCAGUUCGUGUCUCGCUUAUACGAUAUUUUGUAUUAUAAAAUUUCAAUUCAAAAAAAUGCUAAACAUCAAGAAAAAAGACUGAACUAUCGAUAAUGAUGUUCUAUAUUGUAGUCUUGAGGAAAAAAAUUUACGACAUAUUUAUCUAUAAAGAACCAAUAUCUUCACCUCAAUAUCAUAUAUACGUAUCUAAACCAAAAACCUUUACACAAUUCUUAAAAUAUUCGACUUUCUAUAUUCUACUCAAAGAAAAUUUAUUUACAUCCAACUGUGUUAAAUUGAAAUUAUUUCAUAUCUAUUUAAAAUAUUUGGAUAAUAGUUCACUAUUCAAUACAGAUUUAUUCAUUCAAUAAAUUUACAUUGAAAAAUAAUUGCAUACAUACUAUUGAACAACAAACAUAUUAAUUAAAUACAAAUUAAUCACUAUAUAAAUUUGAAUAAGUAAAAGUUUUAACAAAUUUGAAUUAUUGAUCCAACUUUUGCUCUUAAAUUAGUUCCAUUUUACAAAUUCAAAAGAAAAAGUGAGUCACUAAUUCAAAUUUUUACUAAUUCAGAUUUAGAGCAAUGAAUAAUUAUUUUAAAAAAGUUUAUUAAUCAAUAAAUAAAUAAUCUUGAAACAUAAUUAUAUGGAAAAAAUAUUUAACGACCGUUAUGUCACUCGUUAUUAAAAAAUGUUAAAUAUUUUAAUGCAAUUUUUAAAAGUUUAUUGCAUCCUGAAGACUGAUAAGAUGGCUUGAGCAAUUUUUUUUAUUGAAAAUAGUUUGUUUAAAGGAAUUGAAGCUUCACAAAGUAUAACUGUAUUAUUUAAUUUAAAAAGAAAUAUUAUUGUAUGUUUGAUAAAUGAAAUCAUAAACAUGCAUCAUACAAAACACUUUCAAUUGCAACGACAUCGAAUUUUUCUAAUUUUCCUACUUUUAAUUACUCAUAUUUAUCAGAUAUAUUGGAUGAAUUUAUACAAUAUAUAAUUCAUUUUGUUCCAAAAAAUCGCAAAUCAACGAAAAAUGCAUGAAUUAUUGUUUUAAGGUACAAUUACUUAUAUAACGAUUACAAAUAUAUGUUAAAAACUAAAAUUGCA